GUGUGUUUUCUCAUUCGCUGCCGAACGUUCGCGCUGUGUAGUCCGUAAUUUGCGAUUACCUAAAGGUUAGAGUCGCGAUCCGCUACCGCUAUCGUCAAACCGGUUUUUAACGAUGAUUCGCACGGUAAUUUUGUUGAUGUUUUUGCUGGUUGGGAUUGCAACGGUCACCGGUAGACCGCAACACACGGUAGCACCGCCAGAUCCGGUGGUGGCCACGAGUACGGCAAUCCCCAGUUCCGAAAGCAGCUCAUCGAUUCCAACCGCAACGGAAGAGAGCAAGGUGUCCAAAUUUUUCGACGACGUUUCUUCGGUAUUCAAGCAAGGUGCGGCCAGAGUUAAGGAAAGUUUCGAAAGUGCUGCUUCGUCGGUUAAGGAUGGUGUUAUGCAAGGGUACGAUUACGUGAAGGAUAAACUAACCGGAUCGGCGCCAACACCUGCAAAUAAUGAUACUGACGUCGUUUCGACUUCCUCUUUGACGGCUGCAUCCGUUCCGACCAGUACCGCUGCGGUACGAUCCGCCCCCGCGGUAACAGUGAGUUCCGUUGCGAGGGCGAUCAACGUGGAACCGAACGACGAAGAGAUGAAGGACGAGAACGAGGAUCGGUUGAUUUUUGUUGGCGAUGAAGAAACGGGAACCGAUCCACCAACGACGACCGUCAAGAAGGGCCUGGAGGAUCGAUUUAUCAUCGAUGGACCGGCGGCGUGCAAAUCCGGCCAAUCGGUAGUCCACGGGAAAUGUCGAAACACGUUCUAGUUGAGUGGAACAAUCAGACGCCUUGAAGAGUCAUCUUCGGAUUAAGUGUGAUUUUUUAAUUUAAUUCUAUUACGCGAGUAAUCCCGGGCAGCGCCCAAGUGUUUGUGUAGAGCUUGUGAAAUCGAGUCAAAUAAAUUGAAUUUAUUCCA